AUGCUUGGGAAGAGGAACACCUCGAGCAGAGAAUCCCUGGGCAGAAGUCAAUGCGUUUUCAGCAUCACUGAUGUUGCCAGUCUGUGCAGGGAGGCCUGUGCCAGCUCAGGUGCCCAGCACACUCCCCGGACAGCCCUGCGGUCAGUGGCCGGCUAUCAAAGUAAGGCCCAGAGUUCCCAGGACUUGGGUGAAGGCGGAGAGCACGUGGACCGUGCGGCCGGGCGCGUCCGCAGCCGAAGGACGGGCGGCAGUGGGCUCGUGACCGAGAGUGUGCACCAGGCUAAGGCCUCACCGCCUUCGGGCUCCCGGGUGGACCCAGAAAGCUCGAUCUUGGGACCCGGGCGCACCUGGAAGGCGUCCGGCAUUCCCCGCCCAGAGGGCGCUGCAGACUCGUGUCCACGGAGGACCCGCUGCCGCCCCUAUCCCGGGCAACGCCCUCACGAUCCCGGGCCGGGCGGUGGAACCCCUCGUUUGUCAGGCUGGAGACACAUCCUGCGAUUAAGGAGAGCCCCAGGAUCGAAUCUCAACUCUGCCACUAAGUUACCAUGUAAUCUAGGGCGAGUCUUUUUACUUCUACAUCUUGUCAUUGCCAUUUGCAAAACAGAUAUCUUCAUGCCUGCUCUUCCUGCCCUCAUUCUGUCACUUGGGUGUCUGUUUCACAAUGGAUGGGUGAAAGUGCUUGGUAAUGAAAGUGCCCAAGGAGAGUUAGCUGCCAAUACAAUGGAGAUGACUGUGGCCACCAAUGUCCCUCCUGAAGAUCAGGACAGCUCUGGAGAUGACUCUGACAACUUCUCCGGCUCGGGCGCAGGUGUCUUGCAAGAUCUCACCUUGUCCCGCCCAUCUUCCUCUACCUGGAAGGAUGUGUGGCUCCUCACAGUCACACCCACGUCUCCAGAGCCCAUAAGCAGAGGUGCCACAGCUCCCUCAACCUCCAUGGUGCCGGCCAUCGAGAGGCCUGAGGAGGGAGAGGCAGUGGUACUUAGCAAAGUGGACUCUGACUUUACUGUCCCGGAGAAGGUGGUCACCACUGAGCCCAGGGAGACCACACAGCUCCUGACCACCCAUCGAGCCUCAACAGCCAAAGCCACCACAGCCCAGGCCUCCGCCACCUCCCCUCCCCACAGGGACCUGCAGCCUGACCACCAUGGGACCUCAGCACCUGUAGCACCUGAGGAAGUUGACCUUCCCAAAGUGGAGGAGGGAGGUCCUUCUGCUACUGAGAAGGUGGUUGAGGAUGGAGCCGCCAAUCAGCUCCCAGCGGGAGAGGGCUCUGGGGAGCAGGACUUUACCUUUGAUACAUCUGGGGAGAACACAGCCGUGGUCGCCAUGGAGCCUGGCCUUCGGAAUCAGCCUCCCGUGGAAGAUGGGGCCACGGGCACCUCACAGGGUCUUCUGGACAGAAAGGAAGUGCUGGGAGGGGUCAUUGCUGGCGGCCUUGUGGGGCUCAUCUUUGCCGUGUGCCUGGUGGGCUUCAUGCUGUACCGGAUGAAGAAGAAGGACGAGGGCAGUUACUCCUUGGAGGAGCCCAAGCAAGCCAAUGGCGGCGCCUACCAGAAACCUACCAAGCAGGAGGAAUUCUAUGCCUGAUAAGGGACGGCUCUCCCCCGGGGCCCCCCCGCCACUCACUAGGCUCCCACUCGGCUCUCUGUGAAGAACUGUAGGCCCUGGCCUCCCCACCACCCGUGCCACCUCCCCAGCCCUCUGACCCCUCCAGCCACCCAUGCGGUUUCCUAGGGUGUGCUGGGGCGCCCACUCCGCUUCUCCAUCUUCUGCCUCGAGGCUUGGGUGCAAAGGGUUUCUCGCAUCUGACCUUCCCACCACAGCCACACAUAGAGUCCCACCAUUCCAACCCAGUUUCUCCAAAAGAGCGACCCCUCCCAGACCUCGCUCUGGUGAGAAAGAGGACCCGACUGCUUUGGACCUUCAUGGCCUGCUGUGUGGCUGGGGCAUUCUGGGGCCCAGGGAGGCUUGGCUGAGAGACACCAUAGCACUUACUGUAGAGACUGGCUGUGGGUGUGGCCGGGUGGUUGGUGAGUGGGCAUCCAGGGCCCCUCAGAAUUCACUUUGUGUUGUGGGGAGGUCUGCUUUAGAUACCAACUUGUUUUUGCACAUGUUUUCCUUUAGUCUCUCUGUUCAUAGCCCCAGUAGACUUCAUUACUUCCGGGGUAAGUUAAGCCAGUUGAUUGGUGUCCCCCAUCUUGCUUCCUUAAUCUACAUUUGGGAGACAGCAUCAGGGUUAAGAAGACUUCGUUGGUUUUUAUUUUUUUUUGUUUGUUGUUGUUUGUCUGUGUGUUUGUUUAAUUUUUUUAUUUUAUUUUUAUUAACUAGAAGAACCAAAUCUGGAAGCCAAAACACGUAGCGUUAGCAUGUGUGUUGUCUCUUGAGCUUAUCACUCAUGUAUGCAACAGGGUAUGGACAAAAAUGUUUGGUGGCCCCAUUUUUGGUGGUCCCUUGGUAGGG